AUGUGGAAAUUUUAUUUCAUAUUUUUCCAAUUUCUUCAUUUUGUUGAAUCAACUUGGCCAAUUUCUUCUUCAUCAAAUGUUCAAAUUUUGGGUUUAUUCGAAACUAUUUCAAAUGACUCCGAAUUAAGUUUUAUCCCAAGACAAUGUCAUGCGAUGUUCCAAUCUGCAAUAAUUCUUUCUCAACGAUACAAUAUAAAAGUUAACAAUCAAUCAAUUGGAGGUCAAAUAGGACAAACAAAAGGUAAUUCAAUCUAUGCUCUUAAUGAUACAUGUCGAAGUUUAACAACUUCAAACAUUGUUGGCGUUAUUGGUCCACCGUAUUCAAGAGAAGCUCAUGUUGUUGCUGCAUUUGCUGAAGGAAUUAAUAUUCCCGUUAUUUCCUAUUCUGCAACUGAUCCAACAUUGUCUGACCGAGCAACAUAUCCAAGUUUCUAUCGUACAAUUCCUUCAGAUGGUUUAAUAGCGUUGAAAAUUGUCGAAUUGUUUAUUCGAUUUAAUUGGACAUCAUGUUUAAUUAUCUAUCAAAAUGAUCAAUUUGGUUCCAAUGGUGCUGAUAGUAUUAGUGAUGCAUUUGAUAAAAACAAUUUAACAAUUACUGAUUUCGUCGUAUUUGACAUGGCGACAGCAAGUAUUCGAGGCAAUUUCAAGGAUACUUUAACUCAUAGUUUAUCCCGAAUUGUUCUCUUAUGGGCAGAUGAAACUCGUACAUCGAUUAUUUUACAAACUGCACUUCUUAAUGACCUUAUUGGUCCACAUUUUCUUUGGAUUUUAAGUUCAAAUAUUCCUCUGGAUUCAUUUAAUGAAACUUAUUACGAUGAAUUAAUCGGUAUAUUAACAAUUACAGCGACUGUUGGAAGUCGAAUUAAUACAACAUUAUUAAAUGCGGCAUAUGAAAUUUGGCAAGAAUAUGAACCGGAAACAUUUCCUGGAACAGCCAACGUUUAUAGUCAUGCGUUAUUUACAUUUGAUAGCACUUGGUUUUUAAUUCAAUCAUUACAAAAUUAUUGUUCAGUCAAUUCGAAUAUUUCUUGUUUAUCUCGAACGAAUGCGACAUUUUGUUUUGAUAUUCAUUAUGACAAUUUCGAUCUACUUAUGAAAACAUUGAAUCAAAUGCAACUUCUUGGUGUCACAGGUCCUAUUCGAUUCGAUGGAAACGUAACUGAUCGAAUCGAUGGAAAUAGUUUUCUGAUAAAAAACGUUCAAUUGACUGCAGAUGAGAUUAGUUUUGUAUCAGUUUUGAAAUAUAUCGAUGAAAAUGGUUGGCAAAAAUAUGACAAAUCAAGUGUGAUUAUCUGGCCGAAUAAUACGUUAACUCCACCAACUGGUUUUCCUAAACUUGACGCAGUGAAAUUGCGAAUUGGUCUUAUCCAAUCAGCUCCAUUUGUUAUGACAAAAAAUGUUAUCGAUGCAUCCGGAAAAGAAAAUGUACAAUUAGUUGGUUUUAUUCUUGAUUUUAUCGAUCGUUUACAAACUGUAACUGGAUUUAUUCCUGAACUUGUCUUGGCACCAUCGAAUACAACAUAUGGCGGAAUGGUUCAAGCAGUUGUUGAUAAUGUUUAUGAUAUUGUUAUCGGUGAUGUGACUGUGACUUCAGCACGAAGAGAAAUUGUGGAUUUUUCAACUCCAUUUUAUGAUAAUACUUUUAGUGUUAUUAUUAAGAAAGAUUCAACUGUGAAAUUAGAUUAUUUUUCAUAUUUAAAACCUUUUUCUCGUAAUGUUUGGUUAACAUUAUUAGGUGCUUGGCUUUAUGCUGCAAUUAUAUUUUGGAUAUUGGAACGAAAUGUCAAUGAUAGUUUAAGAGAAAAAUCGAUAAUGUGCUCAAUAAUGUUAAGUAUUUGGUAUUCUUUAUGUACAAUUUUCGGUUUUGGAGCCGAAUUCGCUGUACAAACAGCAGCUGGACGUGUUUUAACAUUUGGUUUAUAUAUGCUGAGCAUUAUUUUAGUUGCAACAUAUACAGCUAAUUUAGCAUCUGAUUUAACAUUAUUAAAAUCUCAAGGGAUUAUAUCUGGAGUUGAUGAUCUUAAAAAUGGAAAAAUUCCGUUUAGUCGAAUAGGAAUUCUUGUUAAUUCAUCAUUUGAAGAUUAUUUUCUACGAGAAAUUUCUUCUGGAAGUCGAAAUUAUUAUCCAUUAAAAGAACAGAAUGAAAUUUAUACAAAUUUGAUUGAAAAUCGAAUUGAUGCAUCGAUUAUGGACACAGGAAUUUUACAAUAUGUUACGAAUACACUUUAUUGUGAUUUAACAUUAGUUGGAACAACUUUUAAUCCGAAUGUUUAUGCCAUUGUUAUUCCUAAACAAUGGUUAUACACGCGGACGAUGGAUGUGCAGAUUUUAGCAUUGAAAGAAGCAGGAUUUUUAAAUGAUUUAAUAACAAAAUGGUUUCAAGGACAAACGUGUUCUGAUUCUUCAUCGGAUAGUUCAACUGCGAUUAGUAUUUCCUCCCUUGCUGGUUUAUUUCUUACAUUUUUAGUUAUUACGGCUCUUGCGCUAUUGCUAUUUUUAUGGACAAAACGAUUCACUAUAAAAGAUUAUUUACGUCGAACCGAAUUCAAAAAAAACUCCAACGAUACUUCAAGUCCAAGUGAACUUAAAUCAGAAUCGGUUAUUACUCAAUAUUUGUAA